CACUCCCUGAAAACGUUUCACAUUACAUUGUCAGGAACAUAGUUUGUUCAUAUAGACUCGAGCUGCUCUCUGGUAGAUUUAACAGCAAGACCCUAUUGACAUUGCCUGUGAUUUUGAGCAGAAGGCCUUUCUACCAGCCAGAGGACACAAUUCCAGGAGGGCACUAAAGAUUUCAGCAAUUGGGAAACUCACAAAAGUUAGAAAAUAUGCCUCCAAGUUUGACAGCUGCACUGCAAGAGUGGGAAAGUCUAGAGAAAGAGUAUCAUCAGAUUCAGGAGAGCCACCGGCUAUACUUGCAGAAACUAGAGGAAGUUUCCAAGCUGCAGAGUAAUUGCUCUUCGUCUAUCGCCCGCCAGCGGAGUAGACUUAAGGACAUGUCUCAGUUAAUGAAGAAAUGCAAUAAGGAGAGACUGACAGAUGAGGAUGUAAAAACCUUGGAUGAAAUCAAGGAGCACAUCAAAGCAAGAUCCAACACUUUCUUUGAAAUGGAGGCUUUCCUUCCAAAGAAAAAUGGGUUGUAUCUCAAUCUUGUUCUGGGCAAUGUAAGCGUGACUCUUCUGAGCAAACAGUCAAAAUUUGCCUACAAAGAUGAAUAUGAGAAAUUCAAGCUGUACCUCACAGUUAUACUGCUCCUAUUCACCUUCAUGUGUUAUUGCUUUGUGAGCUACAGAUUUGUUGACGCAAUCCUCAAUUUCUUGCUGGUGUGGUACUACUGCACCCUCACCGUACGGGAGAGCAUCCUCAUCAGCAACGGGUCCAGGAUCAAAGGCUGGUGGGUUUUCCACCAUUACGUCUCAGCCUUUCUGUCUGGAGUCAUGCUGACAUGGCCUGAUGGAUACCUGUACCAGAAUUUCAGGAACCAAUUCCUCGCCUACUCUUUGUAUCAAAGCAUCGUUCACUGUAUGCAGUACUACUAUCAGAGCGGCUGUCUGUACAGACUAAGAACCCUGGGAGAAAGACACAACAUGGACCUGACUGUGGAAGGAUUUCAGUCCUGGAUGUGGCAAGGGCUGACAUUUCUUCUGCCCUUCCUGUUUUUUGGUCAUUUUUGGCAACUCUACAACGGACUCUCUCUGUUCAGGAUGGCUCGGCUCCCAGACUGUCAAGAGUGGCAGGUCUCAAUGUGUGGAAUCUCUUUCCUCAUGCUGUUCAUGGGCAACUUCGUCACUACUGUUGCAGUAGUCCACACCAAGCUCAAGAGCAAGGACCAGGCAAAACCCAAGGGUCAGUGAGAUGAAGAGGAUACACAGAAACUGCAUCCGCUGGUUCAUCCUAUAGGAGCUUCUCCGGAACAUUUCUAUAAUCAUGGCUCAUUUACUAGUGACAGAGGAUCAUGGGCAGUAUUCAAUGAUCCCCAACUUUGGUUGCUUUGGGGUUGCUACUGUAUAGAUUUGUGAUUUGGAUAAAUAUAAAGAUAGUUUCUGCUCAAUAUAAUAAUAGCACAGCAGUUUAUGGUGUGACUUAGACAUUUCAGAAUAAUUUCUACUAAAUUAAAAGGACAGCAGAAUAGUCACAGUGUGAUUGUGCAAUAACAUGGCCUCUUAUUGCUAAAAUAAUAAAUGAUAUACUGUGGACCUAUCUCAUACCCCAUCUUCAGGUGUGUGUGUGUGUGUGUGUGUGUGUGUGUGAGAGAGAUACCACAAGGCUUGACAGAUGUAUUGAUUCCAUGGAUAUCAUCCCAUAAGUUACAGGUCUGUGCUAUACUGCUAUCUGUUCUUGGUACUAUCAACAAUCAAAAUACACUUUAUUUAACUAGGCAAGACAGUUAAGAACCAAUUCAUAUUUACAAUGACUGCCUACCCGGGGAACAGUGGGUUAACUUCCUUGUUCAGGGGCAGUAUAACCCAGUUUAGGGAUUUGAUCUUGCAACCUUUCGGUUACUAGUCUAAUGCUCAAACCACUAGGCUACCCGCCUUAAUCUUUCAUUAUGCGAGGAUACCUUCAAUAUGACUGAAGGUAAUUUGUUUCAGGGAUGUGCAGACAGUUUGUACUAUUGGGUGGAUUACAUAACCUUGACUCCUG